UUUUUUUUCUUGCUUUGAUGGGGACUGAGUUUGUUUGUCGCAAUGCGGCGAGUUGUCUUGGAUGGGACUAAUUCAGGAUGAUCAAACGAGACAGCUCUACACUUGCACUGGAAAGGAGGCUCUAGAUUAUUUCAAGGAAGAACCAUCGUUAUUUGACAUGUAUCAUGCAGGAUACAAAUCGCAGAUGUCAAAUUGGCCUGAACAGCCGGUUAAUGUAAUUAUCAAGUGGCUGAAAAAACAGAGCCCUUCUUUUGUUAUUGCUGAUUUUGGUUGUGGGGAAGCACUCAUUGCUAAAACUUUGAAGAAUAAAUCUUCUCCUCUGGAUCUUGUCUCUAGUGAUCCAAAUGUAAUUGCUUGUGACAUGGCAAAUGUAUGUUUUCCUUCUUGUAAGCCUGUGCACAUUGGAAGUUACUUUUAGAGCAUCAGUAGUAAUUUUAUUUGUCAUCCAUCCUUGUCAUUAUUCAUCAUAAUAUGUGAAAAGUCAGUUUAUGAUUGGUCAGUUUUUGGCAUUCAUUUCACAAAAGUGUAAUGUUUCAUGUAUUUGGAAAAUAAACAUUAUGUGAUCAUGAAUAUUUUUAUUGAUAUGAAUAUUAUGAUAUGCUAUUAUUACUGGUAACAUUGCAAAGCAAAUGCAACUGGUCAGGCUUCAGGUUUGCAUUUUUUGUUAGUUUCAAAAUAAACGAAGUAGAGUCCUAAACUGAGAACUGUCUCAACUCAAAGCACUUGUUUGAAGGUUAUAAACCAGAUUAGCUUACACGUUCUGUCUGUGACAUAUUGGCAGAACACCCUUAGCCAUCCUCAUCUGUUAACGUUAUGCUUAGUGAUUCUGAUCUUUCAUUGAUGGGAACCAACUACCAAAGUUACAUUGAAAGAAAUACAAACGUGGUACAACAAAAGCCAGGGAUUAUUGUUUCCUUUUGCAUGAUCUUACCUUC